AUGGUGAACACUUACGCUAGGAGGAACGCUGGCAACACCAAUGCCAACAACAACAAUAACAACAACUACUACAACACCAACCAGCAGUUGCCAAACCCACCUCCAUGGGUCAACGUGGAGCAAUUGUUGAUGAUGCAGACAUGGAUUCUGCAGGGCAUGGCUCAAACUAUGGCAAAUAUGCAGCAGGUCACUAUCGCGACGAGGCUGACGGCAGCGAAGUAUGGCGUGAAGCUGAGCCCGUCGUUGCUCGUGCCAUCGAACUGGACUGGGUGCCUCGGUUUGAUGAACAACUACGAGUCGUUGCCGCCCAACAAGAAGGCCCUGUUCGACAUCCCGGCCGCGCGCACGGCCAGCGCGUACAUCACGUCGCUCGUGCUGGCCGCCUCGGCGUUCAUCGCCGACGGCAGCUUCAACGGUGGCGAGAACGCCCUGUUCGUGCGGCCGGAGUUCUUCUACAACAAUCCGCUGCUGUCGUUCGUGCAGCUGGUGAUCGGCCCCUACGCCGACGAGCUCGGGAACGUGCUCCCCAACGCGGUGGAGGGCGUGGGCGUCCCCCUGGACCCAGCAUUCGCGGGGCUCCUGGGCAUCGUCGUGACGUCACUGAACCUGCUGCCGAUCGGGAGGCUGGAGGGCGGCCGGAUCGCGCAGGCGCUGUUCGGGCGCGGCAUGGCGGCGCUGCUGUGCCUGGCGUGGGGCCUCUUCGCCACCUUCAUCCGCGGUGGGGAGGUGAUACCCGCGCAGGACGAGAUCACGCCGCUCGGCAACGACCGGUACGCGUGGGGGUUCGUGCUCGCCGUCGUCUGCCUCCUCACGCUCUUCCCCAACGGCGGCGGCACCUACUCCAGCUCCUUCCUCGGCGAGCCGUUCUUCAGAGGCGGCAUUAGGCGCAGCGCCGUCGCAUGGACGUCAUGGUGUGGGAAGAAGAAACACGAAAAUUUCACCAGGCAUUAG